AAGGAAAAAAACCCCAAAUAAACAGCAAGAGCAGUAUAGGGGUCAAUUCCCCACACAAUAAUUUAAAAAGAUUGUAAGGAAAAACCCGGCUUUUCCCAUCGAAGUAUCUACAAAUAUAAACCUUAAUCACAUAUAAAACAAACAGAAACCCAACCAACUUUUAUCCUAUUUCUUUCAUUAUCUUCUCCUCUUUGUUAAGAUGGGCGAUGAAAACAACAAUAAGAGGAAGAUAAUAACGAAGAAGAUGGUCAUAACGGCCUUCUCUUCCAUCCUCUUAGUUGCCAUGGGGUUCUUUGCGGGUGUUGCUUACAGCAACAACAACAGCUCUAAAGAAACCGACAUCUCCACAACCAGUCGAGUUGACAGUGCUGCGCCUGCAGGGCCUGUGCCACAAGUCAUACAAGACCUAUGCGCCCCAUCCCUCAUAAAGGAUUUCUGUCAAUCCGAAAUGAUGAAAUAUGGGGGUACCAUGACCGACCCUAAAGAGUUGGUGAAGCUAAGUGUGCAACUAGUAUCCAACUCUUUGCAACUUGCACUGAAGGACGCCGAGCCCCUGAAGGCGACCACUACGGAGCCCAUGGCAAAGCGGGCCUUGGAGAUCUGCGACAUCAAGAUCAAUACAGCUAUGGGAGACCUAAACCGAUCUGUGACCGAGAUAGACAAGUUCGAGCCUGCGACGAGCGAGAAGCAGAUCGAUAACUUGAAAACUUGGAUUGAGGCUACCCUCACCUUUCAGGAGGUCUGCAUCGACGCGUUCUCUAAUAUCACUGGCCCCGACGGCCACAAGAUGAGGAUGAUCCUACAACUUUCUGGCAUGGCAGCUUGCAACAGCAUGGCCGUAAUUGAGGGAUGGACAAAAUUACUAGAGAAGACCAACCCCGUUCCAGGGGCAGCACAUCGGAGGCUUCUUGGAGGUGGAGCGUCAAAUAAGAAUGAUUUCCCUGAGUGGGUUUCACCGACCCAGAGGAAGUUGUUGCAGGCGGCGCCAAGUAACAUUAAACCGGACAUUGUUGUGGCUCAGGAUGGGAGCGGGCAAUUCAAGACUGUAAAUGAAGCCAUCAAGAGCAUUGGGCCCAACUAUAAAACCCCCUUCGUUAUCUAUAUCAAGACUGGGGUUUAUAAUGAGCAAGUCAUUGUUCCAAACGCGCUUAGUGGGAUUGUGUUUAUCGGCGACGGCCCGACAAAGACUAAGAUCACCGGCAACAAGAAUUAUAAGGAGGGGUAUCAUACCCAAGAUACACCCACGGUUGCGAUAAUGGCCCCAGGAUUCAUGGCCAAAGACAUGGGGUUCGAGAACACAGCCGGGCCUGAAGGCUUCCAGGCCGUCGCUUUUCUCUCUCAAUCUGAUUUCUCUGUCUACUACAACUGCCAAUUCGAUGGCUACCAAGACACCCUCUGCCCUCUAGCCUAUCGUCAAUUCUACCGUGAUUGUGUCAUCUCUGGUACCAUCGAUUUCAUCUUUGGUGUCGCUCGCACCGUCAUCCAGGGCUGCACCAUUGUUGUCAGGAAGCCCAUGGAUAACCAGCAAAACGUCGUGACUGCCGAGGGUCGUCAGGACCCCAAUGGUGUGUCAGCAAUCGUGAUCAUCAACAGUCACAUCACGGCCGACCCGGCCUACUUGCCCGUCAAGAACCAAUUCCCGACAUACUUGGGGCGCCCGUGGAAGAAUUUCUCUAGGACCGUCAUCAUGCACACCGUGAUCGACGACAUAAUCACCCCCGCGGGGUGGGUCCCGUGGGAUGUGCGGUGGGGGCUUGACACUCUCUAUUAUGCGGAGUUUGAGAACACGGGCCCUGGCGCCAACACGCAAGGCCGAGUCACUUGGCCUGGGAUUAAGCACAUUACACCGCAACAGGCCCAGCAAUUUACCCCGGUUAAGUUUUAUGCCGAAGGCGAUAGUUGGAUCAAGGAUGCUAAUGUACCCUACACUGCCGGAAUGUCGUAACUAUUAUUAACCAAUUUUGAAAAAUUGUUUUAUUUUAUUGAUUUCUUAUUUGGGUGAUGUAGAAAAAAAGAGGUAAAGAAGUUUUUUUUUUUUUCAUCCAUGGUGGUGAUUAAAUUGAUCAUCAUCAUGGAGUGGAUCGAAGGUAUAACAGGUGAUCAUAUGUAUUAUUUUAUUUUUUUAUUCAUAGUCCUGUUCAUUUUUCUAUAAAAUGACCAUGUGACUCAUAUGAGCUAAUAAAAGGGAAAUUUUGUAUUUAUAGUCUUUCUAAUUUUUCUAUAAAUUUGUUACCUUUGA